GCAGCAACGGGGCAAGCGACAGUGUGUCUCCUCUCUAUAAGAGCAGGAAGGGGAAAGAGUGAAGCAAAGCGUCAGAGCUGUCCAGCGCGGCGCCCACAGGGCAAGGCUCCAGGCGUACCAUACAGAAGAACGAAAAAAUAAAGGACAGAUUCAAAUUUAUCAAGUGACAGUGUUCCAGGGAUACUGAGAUUGCUGCGGAGUCUGACAUGCACUGGCAGAAACCGCCAAAGGAGAAGCUGUGUUACCCUCCGCCCACUGUAAAGAAACUGCUGGAGCAGAAGCGCAAGCGAGAGACCACCUCUGCAAGCACUGGGACCCCCGCUGCCGGCCCCUCAGUGCCAACACCAGUUCAAGCUAUCGAACCAGGUCAGAGUAGCUUCCCGGAGAGCAUGGGUGCCGCUGGUCCUGUCCCCCAGACUGGGUUUAAUGAAUGGCAGCAGUCCCAGCCAUCCCCUCCCACCCAGCACAACUACUACCCCCAGGAAGAAUAUUUCCAUUACAGCCCCCCCAUCCCCGGAGUGUACCCGCCCAUGAGCAACAGCUACGGCCCCUUGCAGACACCCCCUGAAUUGCAUAAUUUUGAUGAACAUGUGUCAUCUUCAUUGGUGGCUAUGGCUUUGCCUCAAGCCUCCAGUUUCCACUGGCCGCAGCAGACAGGAGGACAGUGCCAGGGGACCUCGGGGAUCCACCUCUUCGGGGCAUCCGCGAUGCAGAUGGACAGCGGGCAGCUGGAGGCAGCCAGGAUGUUCAUCCAGAGAUUGGACAUCAGCAAGAAGGUGUGGCAGGACGAGGACGGAGACACGAUCCUGCACAUCUACACAGCAAAGGGCUUGAGAGAGUUUGCGUAUGCAGCUGCGGAGCACCUCCGUGAGCUGGGAAAGCUGGACUCUAAAGAGCACAAGGGGAAGACUCCUCUGCUGGUAGCGGUCACAGCCAAUCAGCCUGCGAUCGUCCAGGACCUGAUUUCUCUGGGCGCUGAUGUCAAUGCCUGUGAUAUUAAGGGGCAGACGGCUCUCCACCUCGCGGCGACGUAUGGCUUCCCUUCCGUCAUGCGGGCUGUUCUGUAUGGAGGACUAAGCAUUCCCGUUGAUCUGGAGAUUCGCAACUUUGAAGGCCUGACCCCGCUGCACUGUGCUGUCAUCUCCCACAGCUCCACCCUGAAGAGCCUGGCUUCCCAGCCAGAUAUGCAGAGCCAGGCCCAGGACAAGCUGAGCUGCAUUCACCUGCUCCUGCAGCACGGAGCUUCACCCAUCAGCCAGGAUAUAAAGAGCAACAAGACUGUGCUUCACUUGGCUGUGAAGGAGGGGAACCUGCCUCUGGUUCAAUUCCUCUUGGAGCUCAACUACCCUGAAAUGUACAACUUUGUCAACAUGAAGGCCCAUGGCAACACUGCACUGCACAUGGCAGCCGGGCUCCAUGGUCACUGUUACCAGGAGGACAUUGUGCGCCUGCUGCUGAGCCGAGGGGCCGAUCCCAGCAUCCGCAACCUGGAGAAUGACCAGGCAGCCCACCUGCUGCAGCCUGGAGAGAGGGGGGAGCAGCUCAAGCACAUCCUGAAAAAGGGCAGAGUGAUGUCAUCCUCUCGUCGCAGAAUCGUCUCCUUAUAGGACAGACAUUGACCCGGACUAUUUUCAGUCCCUGACGUAUCUUUCCGGCAUCUCCUGGAAGAAUGUACCGUAUCUCCCAACGAGAGCUUCAGAAUCCAAGUAGUAAUAUCUUCUUAUUUAUUAAACUGCUCAUGUACACGUUACUAAGUUAUGAUAUUUAAUAUUUGUGGGGUUUUUUUAUCGUCAGGUUUAUUCCAUUUGCUUUUAUUAGAAAACUGGUUUUCAAUGUCAACAGCAUCUGUUGGAAAGGAAUCUUCUUGUAUUGUACCGCGUCCAAAACAGUUGCUUUUACACAAACCCGGCGAAGCAUUAGAGAAGGAUUUGCAUUUUCUAAUACAAGCUGGCUUGCAGAGAGACGAUGGGUGAUUACAGUACUGCUGAGUUUGAUGUUUUUUACAAGACCUCUUCCAUGGUGGAGUUGUUCUGCAAACAGGCUGAUAGUUAGAACACACUGAAAGUACAAGAAUGAUACUGUCUCCUAAUAUUUCCUAUCUGUUUACUAUCCUAUUGUGAGCAUUCAGUACGAUUCUCUUCUGUACAAUUCUGCUCAGAUCAUCAUUUGCCAAACUUGCCAACUAUACUAUCUCAUUAUGAGAAAGUGACAUGGGGAAGCAUGGGCUUCACAUACUGGCUUCUAUGCCCAACAGAACGCUAAUAUGCUUCUCCUGCGCCUCACUUGUGGAGUCUUUUCAGAAGCAUGUUUUUUUUUUUCUGGAAUAGUUAAUAAGCCUGGCAAAUAAUGAUCUAAGUGGGAUAUUAGGGACGUGUGGAGGUUAUCCCUGUAUUCCCUGUAUCGCUCUCCUUAUUGACUUCACUAAAUACAAUACACACCAGCUAUCUCACUUCUUUAAAAACUGGCCUUCAGUGUGCUCAUUAUCUCUGCAUUGUAGUACAACAGCUUCACCAUUAGGAAACAGAGGAGGGGGAGAUACUACUGGAUUGGAUGAAGAGAGAUCCACUAAAAAAAAUAGUUGCUAGUAUUAAUAUUUAUGUGUAAGUAAUGCCUGGAGAGCUCUCGCUGUUAGAAGGCUCUCUCCACAGUGCCCCUACUGGAGAAAUCUGAUAUUCCCAGGCAGUUUAAAGCCCCUACGAAUCAGUAUGUGACCCCCAAGGUUUGCAUGCCAGACUACACAGGUAUAUAUUCCUACCCAUGGGGACUCCCCCCCCACCCCCAGAACAGAUCUGAUUUCUGUGAAAUCGUUUCAUUACAGCAACUUGGUGUGACAUCAAGACAGUGACUUAUUUGUGAAAAAGAAUCAAGUAAAUAAAUAACUAUCUUAAUCAAAACACAAAAUUCCCCUCCCUGCUAGGACCAUGUUGGUCAUGAUGGGAGUGAUUCAUGUAACUGUAUCAGUGCGGUGAUAGGGGUUAAGCUUCAAAUAGGACUUUGUGUUUUCUUAUUUUAAUCUUAUUUAUUGUAUUAGUUGUUUUUGUUGGUUUGUAAUCUGGUGUCACUUCAUCUGUUUAUCCCUAAUGAAUCCCACAGGAAUAACACCUGAAUAUCUUCUGCACGUCCUCUGAGUUCUGCAGUCAUUCAUUUUGAAUUCAGCCCCCUGUUAAUUCAUGUGGAUUUAAUUACCCGCAUUCAUUCCAUGUUUUUUUGUAACACAUGUUGAUCACAUGUGUCAGACGUGCAUUCAUGCAUGAACAGAGGGUUGCCACAAGUGUUCAUUCAUGCAAAAUGUUAACAUCGUGAUGAGCAAUUCAUAUGCCACUUUUUAAUUUUAGUACAGUCUUCUAAAAAAUAACCAACUGAUAACUCGGUCACCAUCCAAAACUAGGCUGUAACCCUAAGCUUUAUACAGUGUGUUACGUCCCGAUGUAUUUGAAAAGACCCCUCAUUUUUAGUAGUCUAAAGGCUUUGUAGAGGACCUCUAAUACUUAGGGAGCCAUCUCCUAUAUCGCAGGCGAUUUAGGGAAUCAGUCAGAAAUUGCAUCUGUAAUUUAAAGAAGCAGUUCUGGAUUCUAAAAUGUUUAAUUUAUUUUAUAACAUUUAAUCGAUGAUCCCUAAUGCUUAGGGGGUCAUCUUUAUGUUUUCAGAUCUCCUCUAUUUUUUAAAAGGGGCAGAUACAGAUUUACCUGAUUUGCUAUGAGCGUUUCCUCCACUAAUUUGGCAGAACUUGUUACAGAAUUUUUCAUAGAUGAUCCCUAAUAUUUAGGGAGCUGUCUUAUGUUUCUUCUGUACAGCCUCCUUGUUUCCAAAGAGACGUUACAGAUUAAGUCUCAGUUGCUGUUUAAUUACAUAGUAACUACAUUUCUAUUGCUAAAGCAUCAUCGUCACUAAUAUAGAACAAAUGCAAACUUCAAAAGGGAUUCAAAAAUUGAGCAGCAUAUCAUAUGUUAGUUUAAUGUUACUUACAAUAAAGUGUAAGUCUAUUUGAAGAAUGUUAACAUAUUUCAAUCCAGUUCCUUUACUUCAUCCUGCACUCAAGUUAAGUCAACAAAAAUCACAUUCAACAGGGUUAAAGGUUAAAUGGUAAAGGGCUAGGACUAGGAAUGUCUAAGAGUUGUGUCACACAUUUAUUACAUGUAACAGAUGUACUCAAUAUCCAAAAAGCUGAACUACAUCAUAACUGUACAAGUUGUACUGCGAGUGUAUGUCAUUAUAUCUACGAUUGUGCAAGGUCCUACAGGAGUACAGUUAUCAAUAAAGGUGACGGUCAAAACUGCUGUACUCAUCGACCUGAAUGUAAACUUUCUGUGCAAAUAUUAAUGGAUUGCUUAUUCUCCACUGUAAGCAUUAAAAUCUAACGUUUAAGUCAAUUUGCUGUAUAGAGGUAUUUUUGGGGGUGUGAGGGGAACUGCUGUAGACUUACUUUACCUCUACAUUGUGGAUCAGAAGAGCAGAGUUAAAGCAAAAGGAACACCAAGCCCUCUUUUUCAGGAGCAGUGGCUUCUUGGGAGACUGACACAAUGUCAGUUUAAGCAAAGUGACUGUAAUAUCAUAAAAGGGUGCUGCUUUGAGACAAGUUCACUUUUCUGUUACUUAUCAUUUGAGUUGUUAGUGGU